CGCUUGUCCGCCAACGCGAUCGUCUCAAACUCAUUAAAGCUGCGCUCAGCAACAGUGUCACAGAGUGCAAUUGCUCCCGAAAAGUGUGGACCAGACAGCCGCGUGCCGUUUCAAAUACGAGUAUUUAUAAAUAAAAAACAUUUCUGCUAACCUAUAUAAACAAAAAAAUCCGUGUUAAAACAAAAAAUCGCUGAUGAGUGCUCAUUCGCUUGUUAAAAUAAUGAAAAACUUCACAACAAUUGGUUUCGCGGAUCAGAAUUUGCUGGUUGACGUCUGACAGCAACAAUAACAUACAACAAAUUUCAACAAUAAUAAUCAAUACAAUUAUUUGCCUCUGUGCAGCCUUCAAAAGCUAGUGGAGGGCAAGAAAGUGCAAAUAAUAUAAUAAUUUAGUUGAGGAAACAAAGUUUCAAAGCUUUGUGGAAAGGCGGUACAAGUUCUGCGCUUACAUUAUGGAAGGUGGCGUACGUGCAAGCGAUCGACUGGUGAUGCCAUGGGGUUCAUUUUAUGCGCCCAUCUCGCGUCCAUCUCCCGGUACACAGGUGUCGGUCAAAUCAUCGUUGAUCACAAUGGAUGCGAACGAGCGGACGCCACUGUUGAAGAAAGGUCAAAGUUAUGGUGGCACUACGACGGCGACAGCAGCAGCAGCAGCGGCGGCGGCGGCGACUUUGAGUGAUGGCUACGCCAGCGAGAGUGGCGCAGACAGCAGCUAUGGCAGCGAAAAUGAUAGCUCGAGUGUUAAAGGAGAUUAUGCUGGUCGCGCGAAUGCUGGCAUGGGAAAAUAUAGAACGCAUUGCUGUGCAUAUUUGCAAGUUAUGACAUUUGUUUUGAUUCUAGCCGGUGGUUGUGUUAUCGCCACUUAUCUCUUGAUUGCUGAAUCGCGUAUACCGGCUAUGCAAUUCUCGUUGGAUCUGGUGCAUCGUGACAUAUGGAGUAAUGUUUCCGUGCCACUGGCAGACUUCCUCAACUAUACCAACGUGAUAAAUAUUGUGAUAAUGCAUACGGGUGGAGCUGGCUGUGAGAAAUUUGACAAAUGUCUGCAAGUUUUACGGGAGUUACAGAAACAGUACCAAAAGCAGCUGGGCAAUGCGCAAGAGGUGCCGUUCAACUUCCUGAUCGGCGGCGAUCGUCAGACCUACGAGGCACGCGGUUGGAACUACGAAAGCGGUCUGAAUUGGGUGGCAAGAAAUGCAACGCUGGUGAUCGCUUUCAUAGGCAACUACACAACGCUGGCGCCCAGCGCUUUACAGCUGCGCUCAACGCUAUCGCUCAUUGCGGAAUCGGUGCGGCAAAAGAAGCUGCAGCGUCAGUACAAAAUUUACGGCUUGCAAAAUUUAACGAACAGCGAAGAUGAUGGUAAAGCGCUCUUCAGCGCUAUUAGUCAGUGGACUCAGUUCGAAGGGCUGAUACAGGUGCUCUGAGCUUGGCAUAAAUUGCGUCAGUAGUAUUUUUAAGUUUUUCCUUCGAAAAUAAUUAAAAACAAAUGAAUUAACUAUUUAAAAAGUAAGCGAAAGAUUUAUUUAGUCAUUACGCAGUUACAUGGAAGCACGAAGCAUUGUAUUGUAUUAAAAGUACAUAUUAGACUACACACUCGUAUAAAUAUAUGUAUCUAUGUAUAAAUCAUA